AUGCUUACGGGCAAGCUGAGCAUGCAAGUGGCACUCUCGGUGGUUCCGAUCGGAGAGCACGGCAAGCAGGCCGGACUCGCCGGGCUUUGUGACUCGGCACAGCAUGGUCGGAGGAAACAGAAAAGCAGCCAAGCCAUCUGGUUGGUUCGGAGCGAUGAGCAGCUAGGCUCUGGUGAGAACAGCGGCGCGCUCCCAAGUCACUGGGCCGCGGGAAAUCCAGGCGAGAAGGAAGAAAUGCCCUUUUUUUUUGGCCAGGAGGAAGCGCGUUGCAACUCUCACCCACCGUUCGGAGGAGCCGACCAGCUUGUCUUUGCUCCCAUCACAUCCAAGCUGUCACCUCUGCGCCUCUCCCACGCUGGCCUGACUCUUCCUCUCAACAGGAUCCGUCGACCCUUUGCUCCCUAUUUUCGGGCGCCUUCGAUGUUCAACCUCGUCGGAUCGAAGCUCGCUUCUUCUGCUCUCGCAUCGGCCAGGACCACGCUCCCCGUCCCCACCAGCUUCAACUCGCUCCGUCUCGGACGCCAGUCGUUCGCAUCUCCCGCCGUCGCCAUCUCGACCCGCGGCCUGCGCUCGCUCGCCGAUCUCGAAAGCAUGACGACGCCUCAGCAGACCGCCGCCGCCGCUGCCGGCUCGCACUCGAUCCUCCCCUCCAAGAUCCGACCCAAGCAGCCUGCCUCGGCACUCCCGCCUCCCUCGAUCAUCCUCACGCUCUCGGGACCCGAUGGACCCGGCAUCGUCCACCGCAUCUCGGGCUUCCUCGCGCGGCGAAACAUGAACAUCAUGGACUCGGCGCAAUUCGGCGACCCCACGACGGGCACCUUCUUCAUGCGCGUGCACGCAUCGGAGCCAGAGCCGGACAACGGCUCGCACCCGGACCCCAAGGCAUCCGACUACGCGCAGAACCGCCAGGCGUUCCUCGCCAAGGUCAAGGCCGAGUUCGAGGAGGAGUUCGCCACCGCCGCCGAGGUGUCGGUCAAGAUCUUUGGCGCCGAAGAAAAACCGCGCACGCUCAUCAUGGUCUCCAAGAUCGGCCACUGCCUCAACGACCUCCUCUUCCGCCUCUCGAACAACACGCUCCCCAUCACCGUGCCGCUCAUCAUCUCCAACCACGCCGACUACGAGCCGCUCGCCCGCGCCAACGGCAUCCCCUUCUACCACCUCCCCAUCAACGCCGCCGAGGGAAAGACAAAGGAGUGGCAGGAGGCAGAGAUGGUCAAGCUCGCAAAGCAGUACGACAUCGACAUGAUCGUGCUCGCGCGCUACAUGCAGAUCCUCAGCCCGCAGCUGUGCAGCCUCUUCAGCGGUCGCAUCAUCAACAUCCACCACAGCUUCCUCCCCAGCUUCAAGGGCGCAAAGCCUUAUCAUCAGGCGUUCGAGCGCGGCGUGAAGCUCAUCGGUGCUACGGCGCACUUUGUCACCGCCGACCUUGACGAGGGCCCCAUUAUCGAGCAGGCCGUCGAGCGCGUCGACCACGCCAUGACGCCUGCUGACCUCGUCCAGGCCGGUUCGGAUGUCGAGGCGCGUGUGCUCGCCAGGGCGGUCAAGUGGACCGCCGAAAGGAGGGUCCUGCUCAACGGCGCCAAGACGGUGGUCUUCAACUAA